GGAAGAACACGAAGGUUUUCUAGAGCUCCGUAGUGUGUUUUUGAUGUGUUUUGAAGCAAAUUUGCUGCUACCUUGAAUUGGCCAUGGCGACCAUGGUGAACUUGUCUGCGCCAUCUGGCGUUGUAGUGCAGCCUCCGCAGCUGAAGCACCAAGACUGGCGAUCGUGUUCCGCGAAUGCGGUUCGUUUGGUGGCCAAUGCGGGCAGCAGGCAGUGGUGCUCUUCACCGUCUUCGUCGGGGCGGAGGGUGUUCGGGGUGAGAUGUGAAGGCGGGCAGAGGGUAGGGUUUCUAGGAAGAUUAGGCCGUGUUAUUAAGGAGAAGGCGAAGAGCGAUAUUCAGCUUCUGUUUUCCGGCUUCUCCAAAACGCGAGAGAAUCUGGCCGUUGUGGACGAGCUGCUCACCUACUGGAACUUGGAUGAGUCUGAGAGUAUCCUUGACGAGCUAGAAGAGGUAUUGCUUGUAUCCGACUUUGGGCCUAAAACGGCUCUGAAGAUUGUGGACACCAUUCGCAAGGACAUCCUCGCAGGCAGGUUGAAGUCUGGACCACAGAUCAAGGAAGCUUUGAAAAAGAAUAUAUUUAAAUUGUUAACUGAAAGAGUGACCACCACCGAGCUUCAAUUGGGCAAUAGUCGCCCUGCAGUACUCAUGAUUGUCGGUGUAAAUGGAGGAGGAAAAACCACCACUCUUGGAAAGUUAGCGAAUAGAUUUAAGAAAGAAGGUGUAAAGGUGCUCAUGGCGGCAGGUGACACCUUUCGAGCUGCAGCUGGUGAGCAGCUAGAAGUUUGGGCUCAGCGGACGGGUUCAGAGAUCGUGAUGGCAGAGGGCCCUAAACCUAGACCUGCUGCAGUAUUGUCCCAGGCUGUCCGUCGGGCAGUCGAAGAAGAUUUUGACGUCGUGCUUUGCGAUACCUCUGGAAGACUACAUACAAACUAUAACCUGAUGGAGGAAUUGCGUGGAUGCAAGCGAGCCGUCAGCAAAGCUCUUUCAAGCGCACCCAAUGAGGUGCUCCUAGUUCUUGAUGGGACGACAGGCCUGAACAUGCUUGCACAAGCUAGAGAAUUCAAUCAGGUGAUUGGUGUAACUGGGUUCAUCCUGACCAAGCUGGACGGCACUGCUCGAGGUGGCUGUGUGGUUAGCGUUGUGGAUGAGCUCUCAAUUCCAGUGAAGUUCGUGGGCGUUGGGGAAGGAAUCGACGACUUGCAACCUUUUGAUGCCCAAUCAUUUGUUGAUGCUCUUUUCCCCUGACCAUUUUAUUCCUUGUUAUGAAACCCCAUACUUGGUAAUCAACAAAUUUUGACCUUAGCAAGCUACGCUGCCUUCAACCUAGGUUCACGAUCAUUUUGUAACUGUUAUCAAUUAGUUUCUGAAAUCAAUUCCUUCUGUUUAUCCUUUGGGAGGUAAUUCUGUCCUCAAUUGAAAUGUAGUCUUUCCAGGUAAUAAAUCUCGCGGAUUUAUUCCAGACUCUGGGCUUUCAUGUGCUCAAUUCUGAGUGACUUUCAGUUAAUACUUGCCAAAUUUUAGACUUCUUCUAAGCCCGAGCACAAACGAUGAAAAUGAUGUUUGGUCAUCCAAUUUUUAGUGGAUGGCACUGCUCAACAGAGUUGUGCUUGUUUCAAA